AUGGAACAGCUGCUUGUGCCACCUGGUCCAGACAGCUUCCGACCUUUCAGUCGUGAGUCCCUCAAAGCCAUCGAGAAGAGGAUCGCUGAGGAGAAUGCCAAGAAGCCAAAGGGAGAGAAGAAAAAACGACAGGAUGACAAUAAGCUCAAACCGAGCCGUGACCUGGAGGCGGGCAAAUCACUCCCUCUGCUGUAUGGGGACGUUCCGAAAGGCAUGGUGUCGAGACCGCUGGAGGACCUGGAUCAUUACUACCGUAAUCAGAAAACUUUCAUAGUAUUGAAUAAAGGGAAGUUCAUUUUUCGCUUCAAUGCCGCUCCUGCCUUGUACCUCCUGAGCCCCUUCAACCCGAUUAGGAGAAUAUCAAUUAUGAUUCUGGUACACUCAUUGUUCAACUUGGUGAUCAUGUGCACUAUCCUCGCCAACUGUGCAUUUAUGACUCUGAGUCAGCCGCCUGAUUGGACGAAGAAUGUAGAGUACAUAUUUACUGGAAUCUACACCUUUGAAUCCCUAGUGAAAAUUUUAGCUCGGGGUUUCUGUAUAGGGAAGUUCACAUUUCUGAGGGAUCCCUGGAACUGGCUGGAUUUCAGUGUCAUUGUUAUGGCGUAUUUAACGGAAUUUGUACCACUUGGAAACUUGUCAGUUCUUCGCACAUUCAGAGUGUUAAGAGCCUUGAAAGCCAUUUCAGUCAUCCCAGGCCUGAAGACUAUUGUUGGAGCACUGUUCCAGUCAGUGAAGAAACUGGCAGAUGUAAUGAUCCUCACCGUCUUCUGCUUGAGCGUCUUUGCACUAGUGGGGCUACAGCUCUUCAUGGGCCAUUUGAAGAACAAGUGCAUAAUGGACCCAUAUUUAAAUUUCACCGCAAAAAAUGAAUCAGAUACCAUGAAUGCAACAAAUGCAAAUGCCAGCCAGUUCAACUGGACAGAGUUUGUACUCGAUAAGAAACACCAUUAUUAUCUCCCUGACAAACCCAAAGAUCCAUUGCUCUGUGGAAAUAGCAGUGAAGCCGGGCAGUGUCCAGAGGGGUACCUUUGCAUCCCGAUCGGAAGGAACCCAGACUAUGGCUACACCAGCUUCGACUCCUUUGGUUGGGCUUUCCUUUCUCUCUUUAGACUGAUGACCCAGGAUUACUGGGAAAACCUUUACCAGCAGACUCUGCGGGCUGCCGGGAAACCCUACAUGAUCUUUUUUGUACUGGUGAUAUUCCUGGGUUCCUUUUAUCUGGUCAACCUGAUCUUGGCUGUGGUGGCGAUGGCCUACGAGGAGCAGAGCCAGGCAACGCUGCAGGAAGCUAAAGAGAAGGAAGAAGAGUUUCAGGCCAUGCUUGACCAGCUGAAACGGCAGCAAGAGGAAGCUCAGGCAGCAGAAGCUGCAGCCAUAGCAGACGGCCGGAGGGUCAGUGACAAAGGUGGCGGCACUGAAAGUUCCUCUGACGCGUCCAAGCUGAGCUCGAAAAGCGCCAAAGAGAGACGGAACAGACGACGAAAAAAGAAGGAGGACGAGGGAAAGGGGGGCGAUGAAAAAUUCCCUAAAUCUGAAUCGCAGGACAAUUUAAAGAGGACACACUGCCGCUUCUCCGUGGACGCAAACGUGCUCAACUAUGACAUGAAAUGCUCGUCCAUGCACCAGUCCUUUCUGAGUUUUCGUGGGCCCCUCUUCUCAUCCAGACGGAACAGUAAAACCAGCGUUUUCAGUUUUCGAAGCCAAGCACCGGACGCGCGCUCAGAAAACGAGUUUGCAGACGAUGAGAACAGCAUUUUUGAGGACAGCCUGAGUCGAAGGGGGUCUUUCUUCCUUCCCCAAAGACGUGACCGACACAGCAGCAGUAUGAGCCAGUGCAGCUUCUUGCCACAUCUCCUUCUUCAACCCAAAGGGCUCAUGCACAGCUCUGUAGACCGCAAUGGGAUUGUCUCUCUCGUGGGCGGGAACUCCCUCCCAUCAUCGCCUCUGGGGCUUCAGCCGCCUAAAGUGAUGAUAGAUAUGGCCUCCACUGGAGACAAUGCUGACACUACAGAAACAGAGGAGAAACAGGCCACCGGUCCAGAGUUUAUGGAUUUCCUUGAGGGCCCAGAGAUCAGGCCGAGAACUCAGAGCAUAGCUAGUGUCAUAACCAGCACAAUGGAGGAGCUUGAAGAGUCUAGACAGAAGUGUCAUCCUUGCUGGUUCACUGUUGCUGAAAGGUUUCUCAUCUGGGAAUGUUGUCCAGCUUGGGUAAAGAUCAAGCAGGUGGUGAAACUGAUUGUGAUGGACCCAUUUGCGGACCUGACUAUCACCAUCUGCAUUGUUUUAAAUACACUCUUCAUGGCCAUGGAGCAUCAUCCAAUGACAGACGAUUUUUCCAAAAUGUUGACUGUUGGGAAUGUGGUGUUCACGGCCAUCUUCACCGCUGAAAUGGUCCUCAAGAUCAUUGCUUUGGAUCCGUACUACUACUUUCAGGAGGGAUGGAAUAUUUUUGAUGCGGUCAUCGUCAGUUUAAGCUUGAUUGAGCUCGGCUUGCAGAACAUGGUUGGAAUGUCUGUCCUGAGAUCAUUCAGAUUGCUCAGAGUGUUCAAGUUAGCCAAGUCUUGGCCUACUCUUAACACACUGAUAAAAAUAAUUGGCAAUUCAGUGGGAGCUUUGGGGAACCUGACGCUGGUGUUGGCCAUCAUUGUCUUCAUCUUCGCUGUAGUGGGCAUGCAGCUGUUUGGAAAAAGCUACAAGGACUGUGUGUGUAAAAUCUCUGACGACUGCACUCUGCCUCGGUGGCACAUGAGUGACUUCUUCCAUUCAUUCCUCAUUGUGUUCCGAGUGCUUUGUGGAGAGUGGAUAGAGACCAUGUGGGACUGCAUGGAGGUGGCUGGAAUUCCCAUGUGCCUCAUUGUCUACAUGAUGGUCAUGGUCAUUGGAAACCUUGUGGUCCUGAACUUGUUCCUGGCCCUGCUGCUGAGUUCAUUCAGCGCGGACAACCUGGUACCAGGAGACGAAGACGGCGACAACAAUUUACAGAUCGCCAUCGCGCGGAUUCACAGAGGCAUUGCCUUUACCAAGUCACUUCUGCGAAGUGGCUGCAACAGUGUGUGUCUGAGCAAAAAGAAAAAAGGGAAGGGUGAGGACAAAUCUCUGGACGAGCUGCACAAAGCUCUGGGACCAAAUGGCGUCCCCAAUCACAUGCUGAAGAAUGGCAACGGGGAUGUGACUGGAGUUGACAAAACUGGAGACAAGUACAUCGUGAACAGCAAGAGUGAUGAUUCCAUGUCUUUUAUCUACAAUCCCAGUCUGACUGUCACUGUUCCUAUCGCUGCUGGAGAGUCUGACUUUGAAAACCUCAACACUGAGGACUUCAGCAGUGCUUCCUCCGAGGCGGCCGCUUUCCAACUGUCUCACCCUUGUCUGCAGGCCGUAGAAGGUGAUGAGGACUUCAGCUCAUCUGAGGGCAGCACAGUAGACGGUUUACCUUUUGGAGAAGGAGUAGAUUCUGUAGACUUCGAAUUGGAAGAAACUAUGGAUCCCGACCCUUGCUUUCCAGCCGUCUGUGUGCAGAAGUUCAAGUGCUGCCAAGUGAACGUGGAAGUGGGCUGGUGGAAACUGUGGUGGACACUGAGGAAAACCUGUUUUCGAAUUGUGGAACACAACUGGUUUGAGAGCUUCAUCAUCUUCAUGAUCCUGCUUAGCAGUGGAGCGCUUGCGUUUGAAGACGUCUACAUUGAGAAGAGGAAGACUGUUAAAAUUGUGUUGGAGUUUGCAGACAGAAUCUUUACCUACAUCUUUAUUCUGGAGAUGCUGUUGAAGUGGGUCGCGUACGGAUUUGCCAAGUAUUUUACAAAUGCGUGGUGCUGGUUGGACUUCCUCAUUGUUGAUGUCUCAUUAGUCAGCCUCAUAGCCAACGCUGUAGGGGUUUCUGAUCUCGGCGCCAUCAAAUCUCUGAGAACCCUGCGAGCCCUGAGGCCCCUGAGGGCCCUGUCACGGUUCGAGGGCAUGAGGGUGGUCGUCAAUGCCCUGCUGGGAGCCAUUCCCUCCAUCUUCAAUGUGCUGCUGGUGUGCCUCAUCUUCUGGCUCAUCUUCAGCAUCAUGGGAGUCAACCUGUUCGCGGGGAAGUUCUACGGUUGUGUGAACCUAACCACAGAGAAGCACUUCCCUAUAUCCGAGGUGAAAAACUUCUCCGACUGCAACAAAACGACUAAUGCUCAAUGGAAGAACAUCAGAGUCCACUUUGACAAUGUUGGCAUGGGUUACCUUGCUCUCCUGCAAGUGGCCACUUUCAAGGGCUGGAUGGACAUCAUGUAUGCUGCUGUGGACUCUCCAAGCAAGCUAGGAGAGCAACCAGAAUACGAGGUCAACCUGAAGAUGUACGCAUAUUUUGUUGUUUUUAUCAUAUUUGGAGCCUUCUUCACGCUCAAUCUCUUCAUUGGUGUCAUCAUAGAUAAUUUCAAUCAGCAAAAGAAAAAGUUAGGAGGCCAGGACAUCUUUAUGACGGAAGAACAGAAGAAAUACUACAAUGCCAUGAAAAAGCUGGGCUCAAAAAAACCACAAAAACCCAUUCCCAGACCAGCGAACAAGAUUCAAGGAUACGUUUUUGACUUCACCACAAGACAAGAGUUUGAAAUUGUAAUUAUGGUUCUCAUAUCACUGAAUAUGGUGACCAUGAUGGUGGAAACGGCUGACCAGUCCAAACACCAGACCAAAGUCCUCGGCGAUAUCAACAUUGUAUUCAUUGUCAUCUUCAGUGGAGAGUGCCUGUUAAAGAUGAUCUCGCUUCGCCAGUACUAUUUCACUAAUGGCUGGAAUGUGUUUGAUUUCAUCGUAGUAAUUCUCUCAAUCAUCGGGAUGUCACUCUCGGAGGUGAUAAAGACGUAUUUUGUUUCGCCAACCUUGUUCAGAGUCAUCCGAUUGGCUCGGAUUGGCCGCAUUCUUCGCCUUAUCAAAAGUGCCAAAGGAAUCCGCACGCUAUUGUUUGCCUUGAUGAUGUCACUUCCUGCCUUGUUCAACAUUGGUCUCCUGCUCUUCUUGGUGAUGUUCAUCUACGCCAUCUUCGGCAUGUCAAAGUUUGCUUAUGUCAAGCGGGAAAGAGGCAUUGAUGACCUUUUUAAUUUUGAGACUUUUGGCAGCAGCAUGAUCUGCUUGUUCCAGAUCACAACCUCCGGAGGUUGGGACCUCCUGUUGUUCCCCAUUCUUAACAAAGACGAAUGUGACCCCAACUUUGAGCAUCCGGGCAGUCUUGUUAAAGGCAACUGUGGGAAUCGUCCGUUGGGCAUCGCCUUCUUCGUGAGCUACAUCAUCAUCUGUUUCCUCAUUGUGGUAAAUAUGUACAUUGCGGUCAUCCUGGAGAACUUUGGCGUGGCCACUGAGGAGAGCGCUGACCCGCUGAGUGAGGACGAUUUCGAAAUGUUUUACGAGGUGUGGGAAAGGUUCGACCCCGGUGCGACACAGUUCAUGAAGUACAGUCAGCUGUCAGAUUUUGCAGACGAGCUGGACCCGCCCUUACGCAUAGCCAAGCCCAACAAGAUUGAACUCAUCUCGAUGGAUUUACCGAUGGUGAGCGGGGAACGCAUCCAUUGCCUGGACAUCCUGUUCGCGUUCACGAAACGUGUUCUGGGCGAGGGUGGAGAGAUGGACAUCCUGAGGGCGCAGAUGGAGGAGCGCUUCAUGGCUUCAAAUCCUUCCAAGGUAUCUUACGAACCCAUCACCACCACCCUCCGCCGGAAACAGGAGGACUUGUCUGCCGUCGUCAUCCAGAGAGCUUACAGAGAGCAUGUAAAGCAGCAUCUAGGAAAGGCCGUCCAGCCGGCGGAAACAUCCAGUGUUGACAUUCAAAGGAGUGAGGAUCACAGUGACAAAGAAGACCUUGUCACGGACAAACUCAAAGAAGAUUCUUGUGCCGAUAAGGACUUGAGCCCGUCCACGGCUUUGCAACCUUCACCCGACAGCGCCACGACGAAUGGUAAAAACAAAUAUGAAAAGGACAAAAGCGAGAAGGAGGUCGUGACCAAAGAUGUGACAGAGGAAGAUGAGUGAGCAGAAGUUGAAGAUGCAACACAGACUUUUAAACUAAUGGCAAAAUGUUUACAGCUCUUGAAAGUGACUAUGAGACCCGUCGGACUCCACUGACUUGGAUAACUAUGCCAAACUGACAAUGCUUACUUGAUUCUAGAGGUCGGUGCCUAAAUUGGAAAAGUGGGUCAUUCAGGCCUUUGCGCCAAGGAUCCACUUGGGGUGUGUGGGGAUGGACAGCGUUAUUCAAAGUGUUCUGAAAGACACAUUAGUUGAUGCUUUAACUUCUAUUGCAGCUAGUUCUGCUAUCCAGUGUCUUGAAUUACUGUUAUAUCACUGACUGUUGUAUUACUUAACCUACUUAUUUUUCACAAAAACAUGUUUGAUGUUGUUGCUUUAAGAAUUUAUAGUUUGAUUAUUGACUUUUUAUACAUUUUUUUACUCUUCAAAAGGGGUCGUUCCUUCAGGUACAAAAAGCAGCACAGCGUUAGAGGCUAGCCGAGCUAACUAAUUUAGCAGAUCUAUUAAAUCAUGCCAGAUUAUUGGUUGAUUAGAGAUGUAAAUCUGCAUGAAUGUCUCUCCUUGAUUAUGCAUGCAAGAGUGUACUCUUUUACCCGUGCUCUCUUCGAGUCCGAAAUGUUUUAUGAUGCAAAGUGUAGUCAUGACGCGGCUGGUUUCAGUGCUUUACAGCAGCACCACCUGAACCUGCAACCGUCUGAACAAAUACAGCCGAGAGUGCUGAUUGUUUAUCAGUGUCAGAGCUGUAACCUUUGGCAGAAAUGCUUUGCACAUUGUUGAAUCACCGAAUCCGUCACACAUGUCGUGUCGGUCUCCUGCACUCCACCCAUGUAAUGUUUAAAACACUGUACAAACUUUUAUCAAGGGACUAAACUUUCCAAACUGGAGACUCAGAAAGGUCAUUUUCUUAGUAUUGUUCCAUGGCGAUUUGUCUUUGUUGGUAUUCUGUAAAGAAAUGGUGAAUUAAAUUGGACAAUUGAUUCAUUCAAAAGAAAGUAUACCAGCUAUUUUUCAAAUAAUGGCUAAAGGAUUAGAUUUCUGUGCUCUCAAAAUUGUUGUUUCGCAGUUUAACUUCCAUUCCUUUUAUUUAUCAUGACAAACAUCUCAGAUGGGCGAAACGACGGCUUUCAGCGCUCCGGUGAUCUCAAGGACAUGGCACCACACAUCUCACGUGACCUUCGCUGUUUCCUAAUUCUGUUUACAUUUUAUAUUGUUGUCAUUUUUCUCGGUUCAUCCACUUCCCACGAGGUCCACCCCCAGACUGUGUCACAGCUGCAUCUGUCGAUCCAUGUUAUAGGAGUGUAAUUCCAUCCAUGUAACUCUGUUUUGCAUGUAAUUAAAACGUUCAUUACCUAUUCUGUACUUUAUACAUAAUGAAAGAAUGUUUUGAUUACAGACUUUACCAUCUUCCAACAUUUAUAUGCAUAAUGCUUGUGAUGUAUAACAAACUGCAUGAGAGACACUGCUAUAAUCCAUUUCAAUGAA